AUGGUAAUUGAAAACAUUAAAGUGGGACCGACAAGAAAGUUCUCACCUAAACUUUUCGAUUCUAAUAGAGAAAAUGAAGAAACGUCAUUCCUAGAGCUCUUGCCACUCUUGUUGAACAAGUCCUUGUAUCGAUUUUUGCAUCCUCAGUCAACUCGAUGUCUUCUUAAAGAGUUUACAUUCAUUACUGCUUUCGAACCAACUAUAGAGAUUCCAUCAAUUUCUAUUAUAGAAACUCGGUCUAUUGUGAACUUUGAGUUUACCUUUCCCAGUAUGGAACAAUUGAUAAAACCCAAGUCUAGAGACUUCUUCCCAACUUGCAUCAACUCUUAUUUUAACGAGUUGAAAAAGAAUCCUUCGACUUGGUCAAAAGUUUGUAGCCAAGCUGCAAGAAAAAUCAAAGCAAGGGCUAAAGAGCUUUCUUGUCUAGCUAUCAUAUAUCCUAGCGUAUUCAAAAGAGUAGAAAUAGAUGCUUCGAAUUAG